GGCUUCUUUAUUUUCAGUCGGAGGUACCGUUAGCAGGAAAUCAAUCUGUAGUCCAUUUCAAUUUAAGGCGAAACAAAGAGGAAAAAAAAUUCUCGGGCGUUAGGUUAGCGUUAGCUUCUUCAUACUCGAGCUAAAAGCAGCGUUUUGUUUCCUCGAGACAGGAAGGCGUUUGUUUGGCGCCGUUGGUCUGAUGGGAAAAAGUUUUCAGUUGCUCUCGCUAACUGAUCGCCUGAUUUAAUAACUUAAAAAAAAAAUACAAAAUAAAAUAGUAACCUGACCCGGACGUAAAAGAAGAAAGGAAAGAUGCCGAAAACGAUUAGUGUAAGAGUCACCACAAUGGAUGCUGAACUGGAGUUUGCCAUUCAGCCCAAUACAACAGGAAAGCAGCUCUUUGACCAGGUCGUUAAGACCAUUGGGCUGCGGGAGGUUUGGUACUUUGGACUACAAUACCAGGAUACAAAGGGUUUCUCUACCUGGCUCAAGCUCAAUAAGAAGGUGACAGCCCAGGAUGUGAGGAAGGAAAGCCCGCUGCUGUUUAAGUUCCGUGCCAAAUUCUUCCCCGAGGACGUGUCAGAGGAGUUAAUCCAGGAUGCCACACAGCGACUGUUCUUCCUGCAGGUGAAGGAGGGGAUCUUAAAUGACGACAUUUACUGCCCUCCAGAGACAGCAGUCCUCCUGGCAUCCUAUGCAGUCCAGGCCAAGUAUGGUGACUACAACAAGGAAGUCCACACACCAGGCUAUCUGUCCAAUGAACAGCUGCUCCCUCAGAGAGUCCUGGACCAGCACAAACUCAACAAGGACCAGUGGGAGGAGAGGAUUCAGGUGUGGCAUGAAGAGCACAAGGGCAUGAUGAGGGAGGAAUCCAUGAUGGAGUAUCUGAAGAUUGCUCAAGACCUUGAAAUGUAUGGAGUCAACUACUUCAACAUCAAGAAUAAGAAAGGAACAGAACUGUGGCUGGGAGUGGACGCACUGGGACUCAACAUUUAUGAACAGAAUGACAAAAUGACACCCAAAAUUGGAUUUCCUUGGAGUGAAAUAAGGAACAUUUCCUUCAAUGACAAGAAGUUUGUCAUCAAACCAAUUGACAAGAAAGCACCUGACUUUGUUUUCUAUGCUCCGAGACUGCGUAUCAACAAACGCAUUCUGGCUCUGUGCAUGGGCAACCAUGAACUGUAUAUGCGCCGCCGUAAACCUGACACCAUUGAAGUGCAGCAGAUGAAGGCUCAGGCUCGGGAGGAGAAGAAUCACAAGAAGAUGGAAAGAGCUCUGCUGGAGAACGAAAAGAGGAAACGAGAACUUGCAGAAAAGGAAAAGGAAAAGAUUGAGAAGGAAAAGGAAGAGUUAAUGGAGAGAUUAAAGCAGAUUGAGGAGCAGACGAAAAAAGCCCAACAAGAGUUGGAGGAGCAAACACAGAGGGCUCUGGAGUUGGAGCAGGAGAGGAAGCGAGCGCAGGAGGAGGCUGAACGCCUGGAGUUGGAGCUGGGCAGUGCUGAGGAUGCCAAAUUGACACUGCUGCAGCAGUCAGAGAACCAGAUGAAGAACCAAGAACACCUUGCCACAGAAUUGGCUGAACUGACUUCGAAGAUUUCCCUCCUGGAGGAUGCCAAAAAGAAGAAGGAAGAAGAGGCAGUGCAGUGGCAACAGAAGGCUACCAUGGUGCAGGAGGACUUGGAGAAGACCAAAGAAGAGCUCAAAAACAAAGUGAUGUCGGCUCACGUUCAGGAGCCCCUCAACGCAGAAAACGAGCACGAUGAGAAUGACGAGAGCAGCGCUGAGGCUAGCGCCGAGUUCACAGCUGCCGCCACGUACAAGGACCGCAGUGAAGAGGAGCGCAUGACCGAGGCUGAGAAGAAUGAACGUUUGCAGAAACAUCUACUCGCUUUAAGCUCAGAGUUGGCCAACGCUCGAGACGAGAGCAAGAAAACGGUGAAUGACAUCAUCCAUGCAGAGAACAUGCGAGCUGGACGAGACAAGUACAAAACCCUCAGACAGAUCCGGUCAGGAAAUACCAAACAGCGCAUCGACGAGUUCGAAUGCAUGUGAUGCACACAUUCACCAAUGCAAAAGCCCAUACAGCUGGGCCUUUCUGCCUGGACUGCAGUCCUGCCUCACUCAAGCUGUUUUCUCUGUACGCAAAUAAAUCAGAUCCACAACAUGACAUGGCUGCACAAGCACAGCACAGUGUACAAAUACGGAUCUGGAAAAUUCCAUUUGUUAUCGUUCCUAACUUUGAAUUUAGGCAAGUCACUGGUUGAAAAGGGACAUACUGUAUUUUAUUAGUACAUUCCUCACAAGGGGUUUAUGUAGCAUUUUAGCAAUGGGCUCACGCCUCAUUUCUUGACACAUUGAGUUUGCAUUUUCAACUCCUUUAUAUAUUUCUGUCACAUUUUUGUAUCAUGAUUUCAAAUUAAAAGACUCAGAGACCAUUCCAAAUUUCAGUUUGAAAACCGUGCCCAUAGACAUAUUUCUACUGCACACAUGUAACGGUUUGUCACAGCAAGCUGGAUUUUUCAGACGGUGAUAUUCCUCCCAUGACGCGUUGCCCAUAGUUUUAGAACCAAAUGCACUGUAAUCUACAUAAGCAAAUACAUAUAUAUGAUAUGACUCCAAAACGUCUGGGUGGAGCAUUCAUAGAGCAGUAUUAUUUUUUGGAAAUUUAUUUACUUUUCAUUUGAUUGUAUUCAGAAUCUGUCAGCUGUUACAAGUACUACAGUAUUUACACCCCACUCACAAUGUGAUAUUAAAGAUAAAUUUUGUUUUAAUUUUCUUUGUCUGUUUUUACAUUUCUGAACACCAUGUCAGUUUUCAACUACAAAUCAAAAAAAUACAAAAUUUUACUAUUAAAGCUCAAGCAAAUUAAUUUCUUAUUCCCUUUACAAUCUACAUGGAAUGCAUUAUCUGCAACUUAACUCUCAUGCAACAUUAAAAAAAAGGAAAAUAGCAUUUCUGUUACAAAGCAUCUGAUGCAAAACUGGUGUCUGUACAUUCACUGAAGAACUGAGGUUGAAAUUUUACCUGCAUAAUCAAAUAAAUACACAUUACCUGUAUCAGCGCAGCCGACUUCUCAAGAAACUUUCAGCUGUCACUUGACAGUGAAUUUAAAUCAGUGCCAUCUUCAAUUCAAUUCAGCAACCAGUUUUAAAAACUUUUAGGACAUUUGAAGUUGACUUUACUUUAGCUUAAAGUAUAUUUUUUGCACCGAUAUAACCAGCACAGCAUAAGACAUUAAACUGUAAAUGUCACAUGUCAAAAUGGCUUUUGUGAGUGAACAAAUAUCAAUUAAUUAAUCCGUAAACUUUAUUCUCACAAAAUCUUGGUCGAAUUUGAUGCAUAAAGGAAAAUAAUUUCAUUGAACGUGCACUGGAAAACCACAUUUAACUUUUAAAAAAUGAGUCACAACACACAUUUACUGUCCCAGAAGGGCACUAUUUCCAAUGCAUGCAUUAGUGACUAUUGAUAUACUGUAUGUAUUUAAUUACAUUUGUGUAUUUUGUAAUUGGGAUUUUUUUCAGAUAGGAUAAGUUUAAGUGAGGUGCAAAAAAGGACACCUCUGAGGAUAUUUUUGUAUCUUAAAAGUCUAGAAAUACUUUUCAAAGAUAACGGUUUUUAUUCUAAAUGAAAUGCAUUUUGAAAAUAGUAUUUUGUUGUUAACUAAAUGGACGGCUCACUGCUAGGGUUGUAAGCGGAUGAGACAAGCAACACUCAAAAGCCUGUGAUAGGUCUAAUGAAAAGCCAGAUGCUACAGGGAAUUCCUAUUCAUGGUAUAUUGCUAAAGGCAGGCAGUAUACCAUGAAUGGAAAUUUUUAAACCAGGCCAAAACAUUUAGCAUAAAAAUGAGCAUAACAUUUUUCCUUGUGCAAUCACAUUCAGACAUGAAUAAGGUUUUGCUUGUUCAUAGAUUUUUAGAAAUUAGUCUUUGAAAGAUUUAUUUACACUAUUUGCAAGUUCAUAGAAAUGUAUUUUAGUGACAAAUAUUUUUUUUUAUUUUAUUGAUGUCUGCUAUUGAAUGAACAUUUGUCAUUUGUACCAAGAUGCAUUUCGAUAUGCAGUGUUUCUGCCCAUUGUUGCGUGUAGUUCUUGUGUCUGCCGUGAAAUAUAAAAAUGCAGUUGUUGCCUUUCCAUGCCUUUGACAAUAACGUUUAUGAUGCUGCACUGAAUGUUCUACCUGAAGCACCAUUUACUGUGUGACAGCCUUCAAUUAAGAAUCAAGUGUAAUUUGAACUUUGAAGUCAUGUGAAAAAGAAAUGUAUUAUGUAAAAGAUAUGUUUACAUAAUACAUUUAUUAUUAUUUACAUAUGUAAAAGAUGCUACUCAAUAUCGUCUUGAAUCAAAAAAAGAACUUAAUUAUAAUUAAUACUGUAAGUUGACAGACAGUGCCUUGCCCAGGUUUUUCAUCAGAUCUUGCUGCUUAAAGUCUUCCUUUCAUAAACAAAUAAAAGUCAGAUUAAACUGCC